AGCUAAGCGACUGUUUUUUGUUAAUGUUAUAAAUCUUUAAGUAAAACGCAAAACGAGUUGACCGACCUCUGGACUGUUUCUUAAGGAUCCGCGUGUUUGCUGUAUAUGAAACAUGGAUAUUCCCAAUCCCCCAGAAGAUCAAGAACUGAGGAAUGUCAUUGACAAGCUGGCCCAGUUUGUCGCUCGGAACGGGCCAGAGUUUGAAAAGAUGACAAUGGAGAAACAGAAGGACAAUCCUAAGUUUUCCUUCCUCUUUGGGGGAGAAUACUUCAGCUACUACAAGUGCAAGCUUGCUGUGGAGCAACAGCAGCAUCCCUCUACCCACGAUGGGGAGGAGUAUAAAUCUGAAGAAAUGUACAACCCAGGUGCCAAAGACACGGUCGAUGUCCCUCCUCCACCAGUGCAGAUGAUUGUUCCGCCUCCGAUUCCUCUGCCUGCUGCACCCUCUAUUGAUGAGCUCAUCCAGCAGAGCCAAUGGAAUCUGCAGCAACAGGAGCAGCAUCUGCACACACUCAGACAGGAACAAGUCACCGCAGCCAUAGCUCUAGCUAUGGAGCAGCAGACCCAAAAACUGCUGCUGGAAACUCAGUUGGAUAUCACAGAAUUUGACAACCUGCUGCAGCCCAUCAUAGACACCUGCACUAAAGAUGCCAUCUCUGCUGGUAAGAACUGGAUGUUCAACAACGCCAAGACUCCACAGCACUGUGAACUGAUGACAUCACAUCUUCGCAACCGCAUCACUGCUGAUGGAGCACACUUUGAGCUCCGCCUACAUCUUAUCUAUUUAACCAAUGACGUUCUCCAUCACUGCCAGCGAAAGCAGCAGAAGGAUUUGUUGGCAGCACUGCAGAAAGUUGUGGUUCCCAUCUACUGCACCAGUUUUCUGGCUGUAGAGGAAGAGAAGCAACAGAAGAUCACCAGGUUGUUGCAGCUUUGGGAGAAGAAUGGGUACUUUGAUGAGGAGACCAUUCAGCAGCUCCAGAAUCCUGCACUGGGCCUCGGCCAGUACCAAGCAUCUUUGAUAACAGAGUAUGCUGCAGUGGUGCAGCCGAUCCAGCUUGCCUUCCAGCAGCAGAUCCAGGUUCUGAAGACCCAGCACGAAGAGUUUGUUGCCAGUCUGAAGCAGCAGCAGCCACAGCCUGCACCUGUAGCACAGCUAGCAACCCCAGCUGAGCCUGAAAAAAACCAACCUAUGACCACCCAAGCUGGUGAUGUGAAGCCUCCCAUGUCGGGUCCUCCUCCAGGGGAGUUUGAUCAAACUUCAUCCACACCACAGGACCCCAGCAACCCCAGUGGCCCCUCAGAUAUCCCCUCCAAGCCUGCGUGGUAUGACCCACAGCACAUGGGCCCCUGGAACCCCAACCAACCACCUCCUUUUGACCCAAACCAGCCCCCACCUCCUUGCCCUCCCUGGAACAGCCACGAGGGGAUGUGGAAUGACCAGAGGGACCCAGGAAACUGGAGUGGAGGUCCACCCAGAGAAGGAGGACCCUGGAGUGGUCCAGGUGCAUCUGACCCAGGCCCUCCAUCUUGGAACUCAUAUGACCAGCAGCCGCCAUGGGGGAACCAGCCUGACCAGCCGCCAUGGGGCCAGAGGGAGCCCCCGUUUCCCCCACGCAUGCAGAGACCCCCCCAUUUCAGAGGACCCUUCCCACCCCACCAGCAGCCACCACCUUUCAACCAACCCCCUCCACCACCACACAGUUUUGGACGCUUUCCACCACGCUUUAUGCAGGAUGACUUUCCUCCUAGACACCACUACGACAGGCCACCGUACACCCCACACCGCUUUGACUACGCUCAGGGAGAUUAUCCCGGAGACAUGCCAGGUCCUCCUCCCCACCACCAUCCCAAUCAGAGGCUCCCUCCCCCUGGAAUGGGUUCUGAUCAUCCUCCCUGGGGUGGAGGCCAGCACCCAGAUUUUGGCCCACCCCCUCAUGGCUUCAAUGGCCAUUCACCACACAUGCGUCAUCGGCAGCAUCCGGUCCAAGAUGACCCCAGUCUGGUUCCCAAUGUACCCUACUUUGACCUGCCAGCUGGUCUCAUGGCUCCGCUGGUCAAACUUGAGGACUGUGAUUAUAAACCUCUGGACCCUAAAGACAUCCGGCUGCCCCCCCCCAUGCCUCCUAGUGAUCGGCUGCUGGCUGCUGUGGAAGCUUUCUACAGCCCUCCAUCCCAUGAUCGGCCUAGAAACAGUGAAGGCUGGGAGCAGAAUGGCCUAUAUGAGUUCUUCAGGGCCAAGAUGAGAGCCAGAAGGAAAAAGGGACAAGAAAAACGAAACAGUAGUCGUGGAGGCAGUCGCUCCAGGAGUCACUCACACAGCAGAGGGAGGUCUUCGUCUCGCUCCAGCUCUCGCUCUUCAAAGUCUUCGCGGUCACGGUCCCGCUCAUCUCGCUCCCAUAGCCGUUCUCGCUCCUACUCACGAUCCAGGUCCAGGAGUAGAUCCAGGUCAUCUCGGAGUCACUCUCGCUCCAGAUCCAGAUCCCGUUCACAUUCACCCGCCAAGAGACGGCGGGGACCCAAAUCCCGGAGCUCCUCCCCUCCCUCCACAUCAGUAUUGGGCGCCCCUCCCUCCAAACUCUCCACUGAUACCAGGCUCGGGGAGGAGAAUAAGGGCCACCAGCUGCUGAUGAAGAUGGGCUGGAGUGGUUCAGGUGGUUUGGGGGCCAAAGAACAGGGCAUCCAGGACCCCAUCAAAGGAGGAGACAUCCGGGAUAAAUGGGACCAGUAUAAAGGUGUGGGGGUGUCACUGGAUGACCCUUAUGAGAACUAUCGCAGAAACAAGAGCUACAACUUUGUUGCCCGCAUGAAGGCACGAGAGGAAGUCAACCGGGAACCUCAGGAGGCACCUUCAACUGAAUGAAACAAAUCUCCCCUUUUUCCCCUCUCCACCUCCACCAAGGAUUUGAAUUUCACUCUGUUUUCCAUCCAGUAUUUUAGGCCCAAAUCCUUCCCUUUUCCUCAGAAACCAGAGCGAAGAUACAAAGUACCACCACACUUGUGAAUGCUGUGAAGGAAUGCAGCAUUUUUGAUCUCUGUUCAAUCAAGAGCAUGAAUGAAUCUGUCCAAACACAAAACAUCAAAUUUUCAGUUAGCACUAACACUUGUAACACUGCAGUCCCCAACCAGGAUUUUUCAUUCAGUUGUCAUUGCAGGGACACUGGAACUACUACAGUGUAAUGGCAGUGUGUAGGCUGACUGUGCCUGAACAUUUAGGAUAGCUGCAAAGAAAAAUAGGACAAAUGGUUAAAAAUGUAGGCAGUGCUUUUGAAAGUGGUUGGAUUGUCUUUCAUAUGCAUUUUACAUGUCAACAGUUGAAUGAGGAAAGAGUUUUUUCAUCUGGUGUGUUAUUCAAUUGUUUUCAUUCUUCUUCCUGAAAUUGCUGAGUUGAAGGGUCAGUACACCCAAAUCAGAAAAAAUCCACAUUUUCUGCUGAAUAAAUAGUCCUAAUGAAAACUGCUCACUGUGGAUGCUGGCAGAAAUCUCAUUAUUGGAUAUCUCCAAAGGUUUGCAAAUAAUACUGAUGUGUAUAUGGCUACUAUCACUUGAGUGGAAACAUUGUUUGGUUAUUUGUGUGAACUGGCCCUUUAGGACAAAAAGUAGAAUAAGAAGGUAUGAUGGCUUCUCUCUUGAAUCUUGUUGGUUUUUCACUGCUGGUUAUUGUGAUACUUUUUCAUGUAAUGACUUCUUCUAUGGACAUACGUAAGUCUGUCAUUUAGAUGUAGUAUUAAAAUAAAUCCCACAAAACAAAAAGCUA